CGGAGCGGGCUGAGGCUGGGGCUGGGGGAUGCCGCGGAUGGGCCGCCUGGGCGUCGGAGCUCUGGGGCUUUCAGGGGCUGGAGCCGGCGGAUGGCGAACGUCCGGGUGGCUGUACGCGUGCGGCCACUCAGCAAGAGGGAGAUUGCAAACGGGGGAAGAAUCAUUAUAGAAGUUGAUGACAAAGUGGCCAAAAUAAAGAAUUUAAAGGUAGACAGCCGGCCGGAUGGUCCUGGAGGCUCCAGGGAGAAGGUGGUUGCAUUUGGCUUUGAUUACUGCUACUGGUCAGUCAACCCAGAGGAUCCCCAGUACGCGUCCCAGGAUGUGGUGUUCCAGGACCUGGGGACCGAGGUACUCUCCGGAGCUGCCAAAGGCUACAACAUCUGCCUCUUUGCUUAUGGACAAACUGGCUCCGGAAAGACAUACACAAUGAUAGGGACCCCGGCCUCCUUGGGCUUAACACCACGGAUAUGCGAGGGCCUCUUCUCCAAGGAGGAUGACUCUUCCAAUCAGCCUUCGUCCUGCCGGAUAAGAGUAAGUUUCCUAGAAAUCUACAAUGAGAGGGUACGGGAUCUGCUGAAACAGUCUGAUCAGAAAAAGCCCUAUACCCUGCGGGUCAGGGAACACCCAGAGACGGGCCCUUACGUACAAGGCUUAUCUCAGCAUGUGGUUACCAACUAUAAGCAAAUAAUGAGUCUCUUGGAAGAAGGCGUAGCAAACAGAAUCACAGCCGCUACCCACGUUCACAAGGCCAGCAGCAGAUCCCAUGCCAUCUUCACCAUCUACUACACUCAGGUCAUCUUAGAGAACAACCUUUCUUCUGAAAUUGCCAGCAAAAUCAACCUGGUGGAUCUGGCAGGCAGUGAAAGGGCAGAUCCCAGCUACUGUAAGGACCGGAUCACUGAAGGUGCCAGCAUCAACAAGUCCCUGGUAACUCUUGGAAUUGUCAUCUCUACCUUAGCACAAAACUCCCAGAUAUUCAUUGGUUAUCAGAGUCCAAAUAGCACAUCCAGUGAGGGAUCCAGUGGGGGCCUCAGCUGUUCUUCGGUGGCCGGCAGUAUCGGUGGAGCCCCUCGGAAGCAGUUGUAUAUCCCCUACCGAGACUCUGUGCUGACCUGGCUGUUGAAAGAUAGUUUAGGAGGCAAUUCCAAGACCAUCAUGGUGGCCACUGUGUCUCCUGCAAACUCCAGUUACAGCGAGACCAUGAGUACUCUGAGAUACGCAUCAAAUGCCAAAAAUAUCAUAAACAAACCCCGUGUGAAUGAGGAUGCAAAUGUAAGACUAAUCCGAGAACUUCGAGAAGAAAUUCAAAGAUUGAAAGGCAUGCUCCUGAGUUUUGAAUUGGGGAACUUGAGUCCCUUCACAAACGAAAAGAAAGGAAACCUGAGGGAACUCGUUCUCCAUGAUGAGUUUAAGAGAGACCAGCUGUCCAAAGACAGGACCCAGAAGUGGGACACCUGGAAGGCUCUCCUGGAGCAGUACAGUGUUGACAUCAACAAGGAGAAAGCCGGGGUGAUAAUUGAAUCGAGCCUGCCACACCUCAUAGCCUUGGAUGACGAUGUGCUGAGCACCGGGGUGGUGCUCUACCACCUCAGGGAAGGGACAACAAAAAUAGGAAGGAUUGACUCUGACCAAGAGCAGGAUAUUGUCCUUCAGGGUCAGUGGAUAGAGAGAGACCAUUGCACCAUCACUAGUGUGUGUGGUGUGGUCACACUUCAGCCUGCCCUGGGAGCCCGCUGCACUGUCAAUGGCCAAGAGGUCACUGCCUCCUGUCGCCUGACCCAAGGAGCUAUUAUAAUUCUGGGAGAAACACGGAAAUUCCGUUUCAUUCACCCAGCAGAAGCAGCUGCACUAAGGCAGAGGAGAUCGCUAGGAGAAGUCUCGGCCGGGAGCAGCAACUGUUCUCUGAAGUGGCUGAAUUUGGAUGGUGCUGCCCCUGCCCCUCACUUGGGGAUUGAGGAGGACAGCACUCUGAAGUGUGAAAUCACUGCCAAGUUAUCAGCAGAGGCUGCCCACCGCACACCUGAGAUACCUCCAUUGGAGGAGUAUCUCCUUCAGGCUUCCGUUCCUCGAGGAAACACCUCCUCCCUGAAUAACUCUUGUUCCCUAAACCGGUGGGAGUUCUGUGAGAGGAAGAGAGCAUCUUUUGGGGAAGAUUCCUUGGCCCAACGGGCUAGAUCCACCACAAGCCUCAAGAUUGCCCCUGCCAUGAACAGGAAAUGCCAGGAAAUAGACAGGAAAAAGGAGCUGGCGCAACUGCAUAGAAACCUGGUCUCUGUAAGCCGAUCGGCAGAGCAGCUCCAAUCGAGGGAGAAGCCUGACACCUUCAUCGCCCGCCCUCAGAUAGUUAGGGCAAAGCCGCUGGGCAGCUAUGGACAGCUACCAAGGAGGUGGAGAAAGGAAGGGCAGCUCCUGCCAAGCCGGGCGUUCCGAGGAAACAGCCCCCAGGGAGCGCGGGCGCGAUCGCUUCUGCGUGGAAGGUUCCAAGCCAGUCGCCUGCGUCAGGCUGCCUGGACCUUUCAGCACUGGGAGCCCAGCAUGGCCCUGUCGCCUCGAGCCUCCGCACGGCUCCGGGGGCAUCUUCUGAGCAGGAGAGACAGCAGAAACAAGAGGUUCUUGCAGGUUCCUCAGAGCCCCGAGAACAGCGAGGGUGAGAAAAGAACCAGGAGCACCAAGGGCCUGCUGGUCUCCCCCGGCUCCCUGAGCGCCCAGCCACAGGAAAAGGGGAAUGAUUUCUCUGACUCGGACAGUAUGUACUCUAUGGAUUCUCUCUCCUAUGCCUGUUCCAGGUCCCUCCUCAAACUGCAAGAACAGGAGGCCCCUGAGCCAAAGCCCCUCUGCUCAGAGCCUGAGAACACAGAAAGCGAUGACAGCCAGAUGUCUCAGGACUCACUGAUGGAAAAAAGGAGCAGAACCCAGCGAUGGCUCCUGCCUCCCCCUCUGCCACCACAAGACUCCGAGAGAAGUGAGGCCGAGUCGGUGACCUCUCCCGAGGGCCCCCAUCUUUUACUUGGCGGGGCACUGUCCUGGGAAAACGUGAGGGCCAUUUCUCUGGAUAGCCUGGACAAUGAGGAGGAGGAGGAGGAGGCGGAGGCCUCCGGGGGAGAAUCUAAGAAAGCCCUCUCGCCGGAUGAGAUGCCCGCAGAGGCUUUUUGGCAAAUGAAGAGCUCCCAGUCCCCCACAAGGUGCCCGGAAAAGGUACUUGAGUUCCAGGCCUCAGAGCAGGGACCAGGUGUGGCCGAGCCCGAUGUGACCCUGAAGCCAUGUGAUUCUUUUUAUCUGGCUUCUCAGCCCCAGCCCCAGCCCCAGCCCCAGCUCCAGCCCCAAGGAGAAGACUGCAAACCCCUCCAAGAGACCCCGAACCUGAGAAACAAUUCAUUGGCUUCCCUGGAGUCUUGGUUCUCCUGUGAGUCAGGGAGCCAUCACAACAGCUCCCAAGAAGUCCCGAGGUACUCACAGAUAAAUCUGGCUGUCCCAGAACUGAAGGUCCAAGAGAUGGAGAAACUUGAGGCGCCGGUGGAAGGGGGUGAAUUACAGAAGCCCGUCCCCAAGACAGCCUCCACCAGGCACAGCUUCAGCCGCUUCAAAGGCCGGGCCUCGGUCUCCAGCACUACCAGCGAGGGGAACUCGGAAUCUACUUCCGAAGCAGAUACCACAUGGGCAUCCAGCAAUCUCAGAUCAGAUUCUUCCGUCUCCCAGGAGUCAUUUCACAUGGAGGGAAUUGGCCUCCCCAAACUGGCUGGGUACUGCAGCUCUGCCCUUUCCAGCAGCACUCUCUCCUCCAGCAGGUCAGCUGCCCCGGCGUCUUUGUUGUCUCACAAAGGCAGUAGUACCCUUAGAAAGGGCUGGCCUAUUGUUGAAUAUCUCUGUGAAUUUUCUCACUCUUCCCUGGGGGCCACAGUGAAGAGCACACAAGUUUCUAGCUGCCCUCAGAAAGAUACAAGUUGCCGGACCUUUACAUCUGGCAAAAGAUGGGAUUCCUUCUUCCCUUUGUGUUCUGAGAUCCCCGGGGAUUUCGAUUUCAAUAAUCUGUCCUUCCCUUCGUCAUCCACAAGGCACUUAAGAAUGGAGCAAGAACAAGACGAUGUGAGCUUUGAGUUGGAUGAUCUCUCAUCUUUCUUUAGAAUGAUUGAAAAAGAUGCUCAUCAUGGCAGUUCCCCAACAGACUUGGACCAGGGAGACUUAAGCUUUGAAAAUGCUUGGGUUUUUGCAACAGAGACCAAGGUUCCAACCUCGAUGCCAGAGAUGCCUCAAAUAUGUCAGGGCAGCUCAGAGCAGCCCCAGCCUCUUAGGAAAGCAGGAUCGACAGUCUCCUUUGAUGAGAGCUUCUUCCUGAGGGACAUAUCAAACAACAGCAGCCCCAUGACUGUUAAGGAAGACCGGCAUCCUCCAGCCUGGACCCAGCAAGAGAAAAUUCCACCCAGCAAGCAGGCUUCGUUAAGGGUCGAUGGCCCUCUGCCCCAGCCAGUAUUGAAGGCAGAGUUCUUCCAAGCCUCCAAUGAAGAAAUCAACACAGAGAGUUUUUCUUUGGCUUUUCCCACUGAUUCCGAGCUAUUCCCACCCUGGGAUCCUUUCCCAUCUCCGGAGCAGCUCUCUCCCCUGGAAACAGUCUAUGUGUUAGAAAGCAGAGAUGCUGUGACAGAAACGGCCUUGGAGAUCCCCGCAUGCCGAGACUGGGGGGACGAUACUCUACCCACCGGCAGGGUCGAAGGCUUGAGCAACACCUUUCAGUUUUUCAGAAAUUUGGACAGUGACCUUCUGCUUUUAUUACAUACCCCGAACCAUAAGAAGCCCUCAUCUCAGAGAAUUGGGACAGAGAAUUCCUUUGGCCCAGGUACUUGGGAAGACCCAGAUGGAACUGGGGUCCCCCAAAGCAUGGAAAUAUACAACAAUCCCGUCUCUUUCUCUUCUGCUCAGAAUAGACUGCUGUUAGAGAGCAUCAGCAUGGCUACGUGCCAAGUAGGAAAAUCAGCUGGGACUUUAAAAAACAAUCACUCCAAGUCACCCCUGACGAAGGAAAGUGCCUCAGCUCAGCCCCUUUGGGGUGUUCCAUUUAAUGAAUCUGGGGCAACAAAACAUCUCCCUGUUAUGUCUAGCAUUGAAGUGGAUCAUGAACAUAGUCAGAGUGAAGAUGACAUCCAAGGGAAGCGGGCAGUCUAUCUCCUGGGGAUCGAUUCAGCUGACUUUGACGAGCAGAUCUCUUCUGGAUCCAAUUCCAACUUUGUUUAUAACACAGAGGGUUCAAGCCAGCCUCAACCCAGAGCUAACAUGCAAGAGAAGGUUUUAGGCCCUCUACAAUGCAGCUCAUCAAGUCACUCUGAGAGCACGAGUCCAGUGAUGAUGGGCAAGGAUGAAACCUUGUCCCACCCAAAGGAAGAAACGGAAUCUGUUUAUCCUGGAAUGUUUUUACACUCCAAAGAUUCCUCAGAGGAACUCAUGCUUUCUGGAGGGGACCAAGACCACUCUUACACAAAAGACUCUACUUUAAACCUACUGCCGGCUAUGUCUACCAAUGCAGAAGGCCCCAUUGUAAGCGAGGAACCGGAGAGCUUAAUGGUGAUACCCAGUUCCCAAGGAAGAAAGUCUCGAAGAAGAGCCUCUCAGGGUAAAAUUGUUGGUCAUUCUGACGAAAUGGCCAGGCUGAUUAGUAGCGUAUCACAGCUGGAAAGCAGCAUCAUGGAAAUAGAAUCCAGACAAAAAUAUCACCCUCGUGCCUUGUAUAUGGCUGAAGCCUAUAAGAGAGCUAUGUUUAGGGAAAGGAAGGACCAAGAAAGGGCCCAUCUCCCUCGGAGACCAAAGGACUUUAGAAACAGCCUCUAUUACAAGGAUCAGCCCCGUUCUUCAAAGAGAAUACAGGAGAAAGAGGUUGUCCCUUAUAGCACUGAAGCCAGAGAAAGCAAGGAGCUUGUUGACACUUGUGUUCAAGUGAGUCAUCAGACAGAGAAAAUCCCACCAAACCUCACCAUGCCCGCUGAGUUCACUGAAGAGGACAAGACUGAAAGGGAACCCACUCUCUUACGUGUGCCUGAACCAUCAGCCAGGGACCCUAGUGAUUAUUUGCUCAUAAGAGUUUCACAAAGGCCAACUGCUCAGAAGGACCCCACUAAUGUUCCAGAAAGCCCAGAGAUAGUGGAGCCAUUGGCCAGAAUUGAGUCAUCGAGACUUAAGGAAGAAAGGUUUGAGGGAACUUGUAGGGAAGAACCAGUUGUAGAGCUCAACCCCCAAAGUUAUGCCAGUAUAGGGACAGGGAGUGGUCCAGAUUUGGAGCCCCAAGUCAGUUUCCAAGAAAGUCAGACUGCUGAAAACUUAACCAGUACCAUGAUAACAGCUAAGUACAAAGAGCCAAGAGUAUGUGACAGAGAAACCAGUCCCUUGGAGGAGAAGAGUUUGCCAACAGAGACCCAACCAGAUCCAUUGGCCCAGGAGUUACCUAGCUUAAGCCAGAUCAUGCACAUGGGCAGAUUUCACACUCAGGAGAUGGCACAUCCAUUGACAAGCCAAGAAAGCUAUCCAGUGACUUCCACUCAAGAAGAACCAAGCAACGUAUUUUUGUCUGAUCCUCCAAAGCUGUCAGAAGGGUAUUUCAGGGCGCCAACAAAAACAAUGAGCUUUUCUCCUACCAACUAUGAGCGGGAGCUACAGUUUCUGAAAAUGCAGGGCACUCCUUGCUUGGAAGGCAAAGUAGAACAGCAAAAAACAAAUGGAGAAGUAAGAAACCACAGCUCUCUCAGAAGUAUUAGCUGCAAAGACUCCUCUGUUGAGGAAUCAGUUUGGCAGAGAUCCCACUGUCAGCUCAAUGGUAGUGGGAAUGGCUCUGGCAGACCUUCUAGGAACAACUACUCACUGGAAGAGAUGGAAGCAUCAGCUCCUGCUAUGCUCAUGGAAUGGCAGGAGAGGGAUAGCCAAGUCACUUCCAAAGACUCGAACCUAGGAAAUCUCUCUCUCACUGAGGCAGAAGUGACCUUGUUAAGAAACAUUAAGAAAGCCAACUUACUUAACCAGUGCCCACUAGAGAAGAGGACCAAUCAGCAGUGGUCAGAUAGUGACUUCCAAGUGGCCCAGACACUAGAGAAGAAGCUGUGGAAGAUCGAUGAUUUUGCCAUGGAUCCAAGUACCACCGGCUCCCCUUUGUCAGCAAGUAAUGAAGGAAAUCUGGCAUGGGUCUCAGUAGGGCCUUGGGGGGGCCCUGCCAGUUCAUCCAGGUAUUCAGAAGUGAAUGAAGAGACCACAGUGAAGGACUCUACGCCAUCAGAGGAAGGUGGGAAAUCAUCCAAAGAUAGUAGCCCUAAAGUGAGCAGCUUCUCUUCAGGGCCUUGGGGGACUUCUACCAAUUCAUCCAGGUAUUCAGAAAUGAAUGAAGAGGCCACAAUGAAGGACUCUAGGCAACCAGAGGAUCAUGGGAAAUCAUCAAAAGACAGCACCUGUGAUAUUAUUGUGCCUCUACUAGAGCCUGAGGUGUUUUCUGGGACCUCUAAGCAGCCUCACUAUAGCCAAAGGGAUCAGCAGGAGUCAGAAAGGAGUAAAAAAGAAAAUGAGGCAUCAGGGUGUCUUGUGCAAAAUAAAGCCACAAGAGGGAACACCCAGGAGGCAUCUUCAGGAACCGUGCCAGAAAAGCACCCUGAUAAGAAUAAGCCCCUGGCAAAUCUGUCUAUGGCAGAUGGUCUCCAGCUAAUGAAUGAUGUUACUCCCCCUAGCAGAGGGCAAGACCAUGCCACACAGCUGUCCUCUGGCACCAUCACUAUCCCAGGCAUUAGCAAAUCCAUUAAUACACAAACAGGAGAUUUUGCCUGUGGAAGCUCAGAGGGUAAGGAAGAGGAUAUUAGGUCAUCUGCUGGUAGUCUUCUGUCUUCAGGAAAUCUGCCUUUUCUGUCAACCUUGAAGGAGAACAAGACGGACGAGAUACCACGGCAGCACCUGUUCACACCUUCUCUCCAUGCCAUCUCUGAUAGGAUUAAAGUAAUUCAACAGGAACUGAAUCAGGCCCUGCCAUCCAAACAGAGAGGGGAACUUUUAGAGGUGGAGAGAACCUUCCCAGGGAGCAAGGAGAACAUCCGGAGAGCUUGGGGAGGGCUCAAAUCCCAAAGUACGGCUUAUGAGAGCUGGUGCAGUGGGGACUCUGGAAACUCUUCAGAGGCAAUAGGCAACCUACAAGCCCAUUGGGAAACUUCCAUUCAAUCCCCAUGGAAAGAUGCCUCUCUCCAUGCAGGAUCUGGGAUAUCAAUGGCAGAAAUGGCCUAUAUGACAGCAAACUCUACUACCCUGUGGCCUGUUUUUGUGUCCCAAGGAAGCUUUCACAUUAGAAAGCAGCCAGGCUCAUAUGAAGCAGAGAUAGUUGAGGCCAAAGAACCACCAUACUGUGACAGUCCGCUGGAAGCCUUGGACAUCAAGCAAGCGGGGAGUUUUCCAACUCAUCCAAGCCACAUCCAUUCUCUAGGGGAAGGAGGAGAGCAGGCAAGUCACAGAGAAGACAUGGUCUCCAGAACAGUAGGGGGAGGCAUUACAGGGGACGCCUUGCCACAAUGCCCCAAGUUGAGAGGGCUUGCCGUAUCUGGGCUCUCUGUACCCUAUAGUAUUGGUAGCAAAGGUCCAAGACCAACUUUCCUUCUUGAUCAGAGAAGUGCUUCAGCAUUUGUGGGGGAGAUGGAGAACUGCCCAGAAAGAAGCUUGAUUCAAAGUACUCUCCUAGAGACUUCGGAAAGCAACGUUAUAGCUAACUCAUCACCAUCCCAAGAAGAGCCUGUGGCUUCUCCUGCCAGGCCACCAUGCAUUUCUCAACAGGGUCCUGUUUGGGUCAAUUCACCUUUGUUUACCAAUUCUCUGUCUCAUGGAAGUAGUGAUCCUGAGAGGCGCAUUUCCCGGUCUGCCUCAGACACUAUGCUUCCAGUUUUCCUGGGGCCUUCCAAGUCCAGUGUCCCCAGCCAGCCCAAUGUACCCAACAUACCUUUGGCACAUAACCUGGAUUUCAGAGAAGUCCCACCAGAAUUGAAACUGGAAGCUCCCAACACUGGUUUAUUCAGUACCGAGGGUCCCAAGAAAGAGGACAUCAAAGCCAAGCCCGAAGCCACUCCUUCCCCUGUCAGCACCUGUCCUGAGAAAUUGGAGAACCUCCAGGAGACCCCCAAAACUAGUCAAAACAGACAAGCAUUCCCUCAUGUAGAUGAGUCAGGGAACCAUGUAGCAGGUGGGAGAAUGAAAGCAAUACCUGUUAGUGAAGGCAUUCCUAAGAAUGAACUUACAAUUGGGUCGCCACAUCUCAGUUCAGGAAAUCCUGAUGAAAACCUUGCCCCAGGACCAUCGUUUUCUAAGGAUCCCAGGGAUCCCAGUGCCCCUGUUCCCCACUCUAGGACAGAAGCAGGGGAGAAGUUUGUUUGCAGCAACAACCUUCCAAGCAGUCUGUGGAAGAAAGAUGAGAAUGAGCAGCCCUUAAGCAAUAUCGGCAACACAAUGUGGGACACAAACUGCCGCCGUUCUGGGGCCAGUGGCCAAGCCAGCCCCCCCAAAGCCAGAGAUAUCACCAGGCCUGAACCUAAGAGUCUCAAGGUUCUUUUCAAGAGAACUAGUGAUCCCUUUGAUGUGCCAAGAGCUUGCCCUCUGCCAGGGGACUCGCAGGUUUGUCAUCAGGACUUCCAAGGAGCCUCCGCCCCCUCUGUUGCUUUGACCUCUAUCCCCGAGUAUCCUCCCAAAAACUUUUCCAUCCUGAAAUUUUCUUCGAGGACUUCUUCCAGGACUCUCCAGGAACUGAACAUGAGUGUGGAGCCUCCUUCCCCCACAGAAGAUGAGGAGAGCCAUGGGAUAGAGAAACCGGGCCUCAGUGACUUCUCCCCAGAAGAAUCUGAAAUGAUGAUGCCAGUGGACUUGGGGAAACUUCCAAGAUAUGUGGAUUGCAAUCAGACAGCUGUAUCAAAUUCCAACUCAGAAGCCCCUCUGCCCCAGGCCCCAGAGCCCGGCCCUGCAACCUACCCCACUUCUUUACCCCUCUUGGCAAAGCCCGUCCGAGAAAGUAGGUUAUCAGAGAGCCUGGUGGAGGAGCAGAACGGCCACCCCAGGAACAGAGAGUGGUUGGCACCGGAGACCAUGGACGCCCUGCAUUUCAUCUCCAACGACAUAACCCCCUUCCUUCAGUCCUGGCAGCAGGAGGGUCCUGCCAGGAUUGGCUGGAAGCAGUAUAUGUUUGGCAGUGCCAGCGACAUCUCCUGCAGCCAGACUUCCUGGGGUCUGGACACACAAAGGGCCAUCCGUUGCUCCAGCGUGGACAACGGCCUGGACUCUCAGAGCUCCCCGUUCCAUUCUUACCUCAGCUCUUAUGCCAACACUCGGGGGACGUUCAGCACCUUCAGCAGCAUUGAGGAUCCUCAGGGCUCAGAAGAAGAAAGGAAGGUGCUCACAGCUUCUCAUAUCUUCAAGAACGAGCACCGUUUUUCUUACACGUCUACCAUAGCCCCCUCAGCCAGGACCCCAGACAAUGCGGGGGAGGGCCUGCCGGAGAAGGGCAGACUGCCCGAGGGGGAGAAUGUCCCCGCCGAGGAGGGCAGGGCGCCAGCGCAGGCGGAGGACAACGAAUUGCCGUACCCCCUGGGGCCCGAGGCCUGGCCAAAGGUCAGCAAAGUCACCUGUGAUCAGGGGACGGUGACCCUGGCGCUGCCGCCGCCUCAGGAAGUCCAUCAACACCUCCACAACUGCGUGGACAUCAUUCACCCCAAUCCAGAGGCCGCCAUCUUUGGGGCACACCCAUGCCCAUCCACAUGGACCAACGUGCAGAGCCUGUCCAUGCACCUUUCCCAGCUCUUGCACAACACCUCCGAGCUGCUGGGGAACCUCACCCAUCAGGGAAUGGCUGAGAGGGAGCGCGCCAUGAAGGCCGAGGCCCCGGAGGAGGUGUUGCGGGUGGACAGCAGCACUCAGACCACUGUGGACGUGGGCAUCCAGACUGUCGGGAUGGACUCCACCUCACGGGAGGGCUCCUCCCUCCUUUCUCACAGGGAGGGCAAGCUAGCCAGUCCUCAGGAAGUGACUGUGACUGCCCCCAGCCAGGGCUUCAAGGCCCCGGACGCUUCUCAGGAGAAGGAGGACCGCUCUUUGGGGCUGCAGGGGAGGGGCCCCGAAGACACAGCCAAGAAGCCCAUUUCUCCCAGCCCCGGGAGCCAGAGGCUCUGCGUCAUCCCACAGAAUGCGCUGGGCACUUCCCACCUUAGUGUCUGUUUUCAGAAGCUCUUCCCGGGCCAGGACCUGUUCAGCCUCCGAGCUUCCCGCGUCACCUCUUCGGCCCUCAGUUCCCACGUGGAUGGGUCGUACGCGGCCGCGAGCAGCCCCACGUCAGGCACCGUCUCCUCCGUCAGCAGCACCCCGUCUCCUCAGGAGGGAGGCCCCGCCGGCAAAUCUGGGGCCCAGAAGAACAAGAAAGAGGGCUUCAGGGGCGCCUUGUUAGUGGACAGGGCUUCGUCCCCCAUCCUGACCCUCAGCGCCAGCACACUGUGCCCCCGUUCUUUCUCCUCAAAUGCCAGUCACGCCAAGAGCCCCCGCUCUCACUCCCUCGGACACCACCAGCCUCCGGGAGUCUCUCCCCCGGUGAACAGCUCUUGCCAAACCUGCCACGAAGGGAAGGCUGGCGAAGUCUCCAAAGAUGUUGGCAAUGCCGCAGGAAAGAACCCGAGCAAAGGAUUUCCUGCGCCGACCCCCUCCGGGGCCAUGAAGCAGGGCGGGUGGGUUCCAGGAAGCUCAACCUCCGUGUCCACGGGACCCCUGAAUCACCUCCAGCAGCAGCAGCAGCUGCGGACCUCCUCGGAGUCUCUGAGCUGGGAAGACCACCAGGCUGGGGCAAAGAAGAAGCCCUUCUAUCUGUCCCUGCCCCCCCAGGGGCCCUCUAAGGAGCAGCCGGAGGCCUCCGGCCCCCAUCGCUUCCUGGCGGAGGGGGCCUCGGAGGCCCCCAAGCCCGUGUCGGCUCGGCUGGGCAGUCAGGAGGCCAGGUGUCCGAAGAGGGUGGAGGCCGGCGCCAACCCCCCCGAGCAGCCCUUGCAGUCCCCUCCUGCGCCAGAGAGUCUUCCCUGGGGGGCGGUUCUGAGCCACUUCCACUGCCCCAUCUCCGUCUCGGAAGUUAGCGUGGCUCCGGCCCACAGCAGCAGCCUCGCCAGAGACACCCAGUCCGAGGUCCUGCUGAGCUCUUGCACCCAGAAGGAGCAGACCCCGGAGCCCAAGCACUACAGCCUCAGGGACCUUCCUGUCCACAACAAGUUCAGCAACUGGCGAGGCGUCCAGGGGAUCUCCUCGGAGGGGAGCGUCCCGCCGGCCGUGGCCAACGCGGGCAGCACCAGCUCCGAGGGCGUGGAGAAGCCCACCCUGCUGCGCCUGAGCCAGGGUCCCGAGCAGCUUCCCAGGGAACAGGUGCAGGUGCUGGCCGGGGUCCCGCUGGAGCUGGGGCCGCAGGGGCCUCCUCUCAGCGUGGAGCUGGCCGAAGCCAAGCUUCUCUACGGCCUGGGAGAGACGGACGCCCUGCUGAGGGUGAUGCAGACGGGGACGGGGGAGGCUCUGGUGACUGAUGCCUCGGCGAGCCCACACCAGGAUGGGAUGUACUUUCGGCACCUGAAGACUGUCGAGGCCGUCCGGAAAGAACGGGUUGAUCGAGUUCAGAGCUUCCGUCGGGCCCGAAGCCUCAGCCCUAUGAAGCAGUUCCACCUCUUGCCCACCCAGGAAGCUUUUCCCCGAGACCCCGACCUGCCCAGCCGACGGCGAGAAUAUCUGCAGCAGCUCCGAAAAGAUGUUGUGGAGACCACAAGGAACCUGGAGUCUUCGUCUGAUGCUGCAAGUCACCAGCCCUCUGACAUAGAGGUGCUGCUCCGUGACUAUCAGCGGGCCCGGGAGGAGACCAAGAUGGAGAUCGCCCGAGCCCGGGACCGGUUACGGGAGCGUGCUGAGCAGGAGAAGCAGCGCAUCCGCCAGCAGAUAGUCACCCAGCUGCAGCGGGAGGAAGCCAAGCUGCAGAACCUGGUGGGCGUGAACACCCUGUGCACCACAAGCUCUGCGGACAGCCUGUCUUCCAACCUCACCUCCGGCUACAACAGCAGCGUCCUGACCCUGGCUGGCCAGGCCCAGCCUCCAGAGAAGCAGGGAGAUGCCAGCGUGCCAUGCUUCAAGGAGACGUCUGCUGGGGACAUGCGGGGCCGGUCUAUGGUGAGGAACCGUCAGCUGUACCUGAAGCCCGCAGGGGAGAGCCAUCACGUGUCCUUGCACGGGUCCCACAAGUCCCUGCUCAGCCAGUCCAACUCGGACAGCUGCCUCCCCACGUCUCCGGGGGCCCUCUACCACGAUCUGGUCAAGCACAUUCUGGCCAGCACCAUGACUGAGGUCAUGGCUGCCUGUUCCGACAACCUGCAGAAUCUCUUCAACUGCCAGGCGGCGGCUGGCUGGAAGUACCAGGGGGAGGAAAAGGAGGUGCUGACCUACUACAAAGCGUUUCCUUCCGCCACUCGGCAUGGCUUCCUGGGGGCCGGGGUGGUGCCUCAGCCCCUGCCUCGAGUCUGGGCCGCCGUGAGGGAUCCCACCAUGUGGACCCUCUACGACAAGUCCAUCCAGACGGCCCAGCUGUACCAGAGGGUGACCAGCACCAUCAAACUAGUGUACCUGGUCAGCAGCACCUCCAUGAGCUGCCUCAAGCAGCCCCGGGAUUUCUGCUGCGUCAUUGCUGAGGCCAAAGAAGGGCAGCUGGCCAUCAUGGUGGCUCAGUCGGUGUAUGACAAGGCCAUGCCGCGGCCCAGCAGGAACGUGAUCCGGGGGGAGAUCUUGCCCAGCGCCUGGCUCCUACAGCCUCACACUGUGGAUGGGAAGGAGGUCACCAAAGUCAUCCAUAUGGUCCAGGUGGAACUCGGGGCGCCCGGCCUCCCCCCGGGGCUGCUGACCCACUGUGCCAAGCAACAGCCGUUGGUAAUAGCAAACCUGGCUUCUUUUCUCUGCGGUUAACGUCAGACUCACAGAUAUGGUUCUACUGAUUCGGGCCCAGAAAGUGGCCGCGGAAAGAUCCUGUAUUUAUGGCGGAGCUCACUACAACACGGAGGAGGGGCAACAGCUACGACGCUGGCAUGGGCUAGUUGGCAGCUCAGUCCAGAGUUAUUGGCAAAUAAACAUGUUGCCGCAUCUGGCCCCCUGCACAGUGAGGGGGCCCGAACCUCCUGGCCCGCCGUGGAGCCAAGGAGCCACUCUUUGAGACCCGGUUAUCUCUGCGUCAGUUCUGAGCCUCCCCAGGCCCAUCUCUGCCCCCCUUCCGUUUGGUUGAGGGCCGGGGUGGGGAGAGCUCCGUGAAGGGGUGGCAGUGGGGGGCUUUGGUGCCCACUUCUCAACCCUGGAGCUCAGGGGAGCAGCUUGGCCGGCUCCUCUAGGAAAGGCCGAGUCAGGGGAGGGAGCGAGGGUGGGAGGCCCCUGAGGAACCUGAUUUGAGUGAGAAGGCAGCCUUUGAAGAAGCGGCAUGUCCUUGCCAGGAAGACGGUGCAGAACCCUUUCUUCCAGGCCUUCCUUAGAGGAGAUCCGAUGGCUCGUCUCCGGGGCUCUUCCCUGUCUGCUUCACCUGGGCUCAUGGUCAGUGCUUCUGUGUCCCAAGCCACUGGCUCCCCCAAACAGAUGCUCAUCUUGCCUCAAAGCAGUGGGCUUUUUAUUAAGAAUUGGCACAGGAUCGUCAAGCAGGCAGUGGAAGAGUCCUGACCAGGAAGCAGGGAGAAUUUAUCCAGAUGGACCUCCCCACUGGCCCAGAUUCCGAGUUAGUCUGGCCUCACCUGCUUUCUAGGACAAAGUGGAGAGGAAUGCAAGAGCAGCCUCUGUAUCCCGUCUUCUCCUUUCUGACAUGGCUACCUCCCAGGGUGUUGGAAGGGUCAGAGCGUAGGCCAUUCCCUUAUUCCGUACCCAACAGCUCCUGGUAGCAGAGGAACCUACUGGGACUUGCCAGCAUGAGGGCAAGGGUGGGUAACGGGUAAGUUCUGUACGGUGCAGCAAAAUUUUAUUUUUCCAAGGCUUUUACAGGUCCUCUUUCUCCUCUUCCCUACCAUAGUUCUUGGUUAUUUAUAUUGUUUUUUUAAAGACGUUUUUAAACUUUAUUUUUUAAACAAUACAAUAGUUGAAAUAUUAAAAUUAUUAUUUAUUUACCAGCCCAUUUCCAACCCCUUUUCAGAUGUUACCACUAAACUAAUGGCCAAUUUGGUUAGAAACUUUAGAAAUAGGAGAGUUCCGUGUUCCCUUUUACAUAUAGACCAGGAGUCAGUGACACCUAAGAAGAGUUUUUACAUUAUAUUAUGCGUGUGGUGCAGCCAGGUGGCUCCAUGGAUGGAUAGGCCCAGAGACGGAAGGUACUGUGCUCAAAUAUGGCCCCAUAUAACUUCCUAGCUGUGUGAUCCUGAGCAAGUCACUCAACCGCCAUUGUCUGGCCCAAUGUUGGCGAAGCAGAGCCACCACUUGGGGAGCUGCUCUGUUCCCCCUCUUCCUAGGGUGUGAGGUCAUUUUUGCAUGUCCCAUCCCACUCUGUCCAGCCACUCAAAGCAAGCACUUCCUCUCUUCACUCUGGGGUAAUGUGGGGGGCUCACAGUUUGGGCACCUGAACUUGGCCUGGCCCUGAAAAUGCACAGUAUUGAGUCUAAGACAGAAGGUAAGAGUUAGUUUGGCUUAUGGGUCUCAGUAGUCAUUGCUAGAAAAAACAAAGGCCCGCCCUAUUCUCUUGGGCCCCUUCUGUUCUAGAGGGGUUUUGGAGGGGUCUGGGAAAUAUGAAAAGAUAGCUUUCAAAAGUAGACCCCUGGGUGUGUUGGUCAUCAGUCAGAAUAACCAUUCAGGCCCUCUUCCCCAUGUUUCCAGGAUAUUCUUGGAGGAAUGAAAAGUGUAAUCCCUAAAUCAUAACUCGCACAGACCUGGCCUUUUUUCUGUGGAGGACAUUAGCCACAUCCCAGAAUUUCAUGCUCAGAUAGCCGAGAUUCAUGAACCCAACAUACCUACACAAUUAAGAACAAAACCUCGAUUUCUCCCAAAGCUACUGAGUAUAGGGAUGUCCAUCCACUUAAACCCUGUGUUAAGUAGCACUUUAUGAGAGAACCUUCAAACACCAGGUCUUUUGACAAAGUGGUAUUUAUUUGAAUUUAAAAAACCCCUCCCCCAUGGGGUUGCUUUCUUGUUCAAAGAUAGCAUUUAAAUAAGACUAGGCCCAGCCUGGCUUCCCUGAAACUGGGCACGCUGGCAAAGUUGGGUUUUGCUAGAGUGAGAUGUGGUCUGUUGCUGGCAUCUAUGAUGCAUAAAGGAAAAAAACAUCUGGGAGCAGAGCUGAGGAACCCAGAGCUCCCAAAACUUGAGACAUUUAAAAAUCAUCUUUAUAGGAUGUGUAAACAGGAGUAAGUCGGUCUCCUGCUUUUCUAAAAUCACAAAGUCCAAAGAGGCCUCUGGGAAAGCAGCAGGUUGGCCCUUCCCCACUGUCUCUGACGAUACCCACUGGUAUGGCGUUUCCCUGCUGAGUCCCCCCAGCAGCAGCUUUCCUCAUCUCUGCCCACUGGGUCUGACAACAGUGGCUCAAGAUGCUUGUAAGGAUCACCGGGUGGAAACUCUUCCCUGGGUCAGGGCUUGGCUCCUGGUUCCUUCACUGAGGCUGUAAGUCAGGCGAGGCCCAGAGAUUUUGAUUAUAAGCUCAAGGCAGGACCUGGCAGUGCCCUAACUCUGGGCCAGGACCGUCCCCCGAGGUGGUCUCAGCAGCUCACAAGCUCUUAGCCGGGGUCCUGGUACCUGUGGCUCAGCCAGAAAUAGGCAGGACAACGUUGCUAGCUCCUUGGAGAAGUCCUGGUCAGUGGAGGAGGGGGUUGGGGUGGGAAUAAAAGAGGUUCUUAUCAGAGGGAAGCUGCCAUUACACAGCCUCAAACUGAUCAGCAGGUGGCUUGUCAAUCUGACACAAAACCUCUUCCCAUUUUCUCCCCAAAGAUGAGCAACUCUGACUGAAGGUUUACGGGUCACUGAAUAUAUGGUUUUGAACUGGGCGGCUAGGUGAUGCAGUUGACAGAAUACCAGGAAUCAAAAGACUUGAGUUCAAAUGCAGCCUCAGACUCUCAGCUGUAUGAUCUGAGGAAGUCACUUUGCCCAUUUGCCUCGGUUUCCUCAUCUCCAAGAUGGGGAUGGAAAAUAGCACCUACCUCCCAGGGGGGUUGUGAGGAUAAGAAGAGCCACAUAAAAAUGUUAGCCGUUCUGAUCUGGCUUUGGACAACUCGACCCCGUUUUCUCCCAGUUCCAUGUUCCCCUCAACCCACUCGGCACAGCUCCUUUUGCUGCAGGAUCAUUCCGGCUGAAGUUGGAGCUUAGGGGCACCCCCCCCCAAUUUCAUCCCUAACCCCCCUCAGACCUUACCUCAGGCCAUGGGGCCUGGUGGAGACUGCCCAGACACGUUUCUAUCUCUCCCCGUCCCAUUAGCCCCCGGUCAACCAGUCCCCGGAGUAGGAAUAGCAGCAGGUCCCACUGCAACAUAAAGAGUCCCGUCAGGACGGCUGCCCCAGGGGUAGGCCUAAGGACCAACUCUAGGACAUCCCAAGGGAGCAUUCGGGCUUCUGGAGACACUAUUGGACCCACCUCUCUGGGCCGGGUAUCUGCCAAAAGGCCCACGUUUCUCGGGCUGAGCAGCAGCUGCAGUGGAACAGGCACUUGGAAGUCCUCAUGCCACAGGGAAAGGAGCAUCUGCAGAAGUGCUCGGCCUUCUCCUCGGUCCAACCGGUGUGGGGUGGGGACUCGAUCGGCAAC